AUGGAUACUAUCAAAAAUUUAAAUCUAAAUGAAGAAAUCCUUAAUUUAGAAGCCGUAACGACUGAACAUAUUAAAACUAUUACCAAAACCCUUGAGGAAAAAUACUUAACAUUUUGGAAACAUAAACUUGAAAAUUCAUCCAAACUGACUUUCUACUCAACAUUCAAAACGGACCACAACCUCGAAAACUACCUAGUAUUUAUAAAAGAUCCAUACAAAAGAAGAUGUCUUUCAAGACUUAGAGUCAGCAACCAUGACCUCCAAAUUGAGAUCGGGCGCUAUCAAAAUAUACCCCGUGAAGAACGCUUAUGUAAAAUCUGCGAUUCAGGAGAGGUGGAAAAUGAAACCCAUCUCCUCCUCUCUUGCAAAGCCUAUGAGCAAUCUCGUACAAACCUUCGAAGUUCAUUAGAGAAUACCUCAUCUGACGAGAUUAAUCUAAACUCUCAAACUCUAUCAGCGGACCUAAUGAAAUCAACUGAUAGUGAAAUCAUAACCAAACUUUCAAAAUUUGUUUAUUCAUGUUUCAAGCAAAGACUUAAAUACCUUGAAACCAGGAAUGCGGAUUAG